AUGAUUACAAAUAGUAAAAGACCAUCACCAUCUCGUUCACCAUCAUCCACAUCCUCCUCCAGUUCUUUGUCUUCAACUCCGAUAUCCGGAUCGUCUUAUACACGACAAAAUCGUCCAUCUCAUCGAUGUUCAAUGACAAAUGAAUGUCCCAAAACUACCAGACGUUUUACAUUACAUGGUCUAUUUCCAGCAAUUACUAAACAAUUAUCGGAUCAUAUGACAACAUCGAAAAAGAGUCUAAUCGGACAAAUGAAUGAUAUUAAAAACAAACCACAACAGCAUAUUACACGUUGGAGAAAACGAGCAUCCAGUCUUAUACCAUCAUCAUUAUUUCCCGAUAGAAAUGAGAGAAAAACUUCUUGUCAAUCGAUAAUAAAUGUUGAUGAGAUCCGUGCUCAUAGAAAUGUACUGGAUUUUGGUAUAACAGCACCGAAACUUUUUCAACCAUCAUUGCUACUAUCCGAAGAACAAAUAAAACAAAUUCUACUUGAAUUGCCUGCUCGUGUUCACGCUUGUAAUUGGAAUUUAACAUUUUCCACAGAAAAUCAUGGUUUCAGUUUAAAUGCCUUAUACAGACGAUCGAUUGAACAAGACUCAAACAGUACAUCACUUUUAGUUGUUAAAGAUAUCGAACAGAAUGUAUUUGGAGCUUUUCUAUCGUCACGUGUAAUGAUCAGUGACGGUUUUUAUGGUACCGGUGAAUCGUUUUUAUUCACAUAUUAUCCAACAUUUAAGGUGUUCCAUUGGACCCACCAUAACUUAUUCUUUAUUAAAGGUGAUUUGCAUUCACUUGGUCUUGGAAGUGGAGAAACAAUAUUUUUAUAUGAAUUUCAAUGUCUACAUGCAGGCACAUAUGGUUUAUGGUUAGAUGGUGAUUUAUACCACGGUCGAACAUGUCCAAGUAAAACAUAUGAUAAUGAUUAUUUGACACGUAGCGAAGAUUUUAUUGUUGAUAAUAUUGAAUUAUGGUCAUUUGUUGAUUAA